AUGCCUGACGCAAACCCCGCUUCCCACCCCUUCCAGCGGAUUCCGGUUGAACGGGAACGCCGCGCCGCCGAGGAAGCGAGGGGGGAGAAAAAAGAUGAGGAUGAGAGGAUGCGGGGAGAUGAAGGAGAGGAGAUUGAGCGGGCGGCUAAGCAGCAGAUUAAACUCUGGGGUCGUCAGCUCCACCAAACGGAGCUGAAAGAACCCUUCCAGGACAUCCGACUGAGCAGAAUGUGCGGCUGGCUUCUGCGCCUGUGCGGCAGGGCAUCGAACAGCCCGCUAACCUUCACCAAAGUCACCGCUGUCAAGAGAAAAGCGGCUCUGAUGCAGUGCGGCUGCAGCUCCUCGGCCGGCAACCUCUCAUCGGCCUACUGGAGCAGAACGGUUCUGUUCCCCGACUGGGCCUACAAGCCCGCCUGGUCUCCCGGCUCCAGGCAGGUGCAGCUGUGGCACUUCCUGCUGGAGCUGCUGGGCCGCGGCGAGGGCGGCGCCAUCGGCUGGGGCGGGGAGUGGGGGGAGUUCGUCAUAAGGGACCCCGAGAUGCUGGCCAGGCUGUGGGGGGAGCGGAAGGGCAAGCCGCACAUGAACUACGACAAGCUGAGCCGGGCCCUCAGGUACUACUACAACAAACGCAUCCUGCACAAGACCAAAGGGAAACGGUUCACCUACAAGUUCAACUUCAGCAAGCUCAUCCUGGUCAACUAUCCGGGAUACCCGCCACCGGCCAGCCACCAGCUGGUCCAGAGCGCCCCCCUCUCCUUCCCUCUGCUCCCCGCUGAGAGCGGCCUUUCUCUGUGUGGAGGAACGGGCUCAGUCAUGGACCGAGCCGUCCAGCCUCUGCCUCACCCAUUUUUACUCCCAUGCUGCCUCCCCAAACCGCUCCCUGCACCCCGGUCCCUCCAGGCCCCCUUUCCCUUUAAUUCUCUUCCUGCACGUCUGGGGGUCAACCUGAGAGAGCCGAGGGAGCUGGGUCUAAAUGCAAAUGCUUGGCCUUACAAGAGCCCCGCCGGUUGGGAUAUAAACCAUCAUGCCAGUUGGAGUCUGUUUGGAAGAGAGAAGCACUCUGAAAUUCAAGACAAGCAGAGAAGACUGGAGAGAGACACAGAAUGA